ACCCUCUCAGCUACUCCACCCCAGACCCUCUCAGCUACACCACCCCAGACCCUCUCAGCUACUCCACCCCAGACCCUCUCAGCUACACCACCCCAGACCCUCUCAGCUACUCCACCCCAGACCCUCUCAGCUACACCACCCCAGACCCUCUCAGCUACACCACCCCAGACCCUCUCAGCUACUCCACCCCAGACCCUCUCAGCUACACCACCCCAGACCCUCUCAGCUACACCACCCCAGACCAUCUCAGCUACUCCACCCCAGACCCUCUCAGCUACACCACCCCAGACCCUCUCAGCCACUCCAUCCCAGACCCUCUCAGCUACACCACCCCAGACCCUCUCAGCUACUCCACCCCAGACCCUCUCAGCUACACCACCCCAGACCCUCUCAGCUACUCCACCCCAGACCCUCUCAGCUACACCACCCCAGACCCUCUCAGCUACACCACCCCAGACCCUCUCAGCUACUCCACCCCAGACCCUCUCAGCUACACCACCCCAGACCCUCUCAGCUACUCCACCCCAGACCCUCUCAGCUACACCACCCCAGACCCUCUCAGCUACACCACCCCAGACCCUCUCAGCUACUCCACCCCAGACCCUCUCAGCUACACCACCCCAGACCCUCUCAGCUACACCACCCCAGAGCGUCUCAGCUACUCCACCCCAGACCCUCUCAGCUACACCACCCCAGACCCUCUCAGCCACUCCACCCCAGACCCUCUUAGCUACACCACCCCAGACCCCUCUCAGCUACACCACCCCAGACCCUUUCAGCUACACCACCCCAGACCCUCUCAGCUACACCACCCCAGACCCUCUCAGCUACUCCACCCCAGACCCUCUCAGCUACACCACCCCAGACCCUCUCAGCUACACCACCCCAGACCCUCUCAGCUACUCCACCCCAGACCCUCUCAGCUACACCACCCCAGACCCUCUCAGCUACACCACCCCAGACCUUCUCAGCUACUCCACCCCAGACCCUCUCAGCUACACCACCCCAGACCCUCUCAGCCACUCCACCCCAGACCCUCUUAGCUACACCACCCCAGACCCCUCUCAGCUACACCACCCCAGACCCUUUCAGCUACACCACCCCAGACCCUCUCAGCUACACCACCCCAGACCCUCUCAGCUACACCACCCCAGACCCUCUCAGCUACACCACCCCAGACCCUCUCAGCUACACCACCCCAGACCCUCUCAGCCACUCCAUCCCAGACCCUCUCAGCUACACCACCCCAGAGCCUCUCAGCUACUCCACCCCAGACCCUCUCAGCUACUCCACCCCAGACCCUCUCAGCUACUCCACCCCAGACCCUCUCAGCUACACCACCCCAGACCCUUUCAGUUACACCACCCCAGACCCUCUCAGCUACACCACCCCAGACCCUCUCAUCUACACCACCCCAGACUCUCUCAGCUACACCAUCCCAGACCCUCUCAGCUACACCAUCCCAGACCCUCUCAGCUACAUCACCCCAGACCCUCUCAGCUACACCACCCCAGACUCUCUCAGCUACACCACCCCAGACCCUCUCAGCUACAUCACCCCAGACCCUCUCAGCUACACCACCCAGACUCUCUCAGCUACACCACCCCAGACCCUCUCAGCUACAUCACCCCAGACUCUCUCAGCUACACCACCCCAGACCCUCUCAGCUACACCAUCCCAGACCCUCUCAGCUACAUCACCCCAGACCCUCUCAGCUACACCACCCCAGACUCUCUCAGCUACACCACCCCAGACCCUCUCAGCUACAUCACCCCAGACCCUCUCAGCUACACCACCCAGACUCUCUCAGCUACACCAUCCCAGACCCCUCUCAGCUACACCAUCCCAGACCCCUCUCAGCUACACCAUCCCAGACCCUCUCAGCUACACCACCCCAGACCCUCUCAGCUACACCACCCCAGACCCUCUUAG